AUGCCUCCUCGGCCAGCUGCUAUACAAGAUAUGGCCAAUAUUUUGCUUUCUGAGCGCAGUCCGGCAGAUACUCACCUCCAUGUUGGCAAGAAUUGGGUUUCUACCUUUAUCAACUGCCAUAAGGAGCUUAAAACACAAUAUUGGCGACAAUAUAACUAUUAUCGUGCCAAAUUUACUGGAGCAGAGACAUCUGGUCAUCCGCCUCUUCUACAGCCGGGGAAUAAGGAAUGGGUCACAGUUAUUGAAUCGCCUGUUAUGGCUUCAAAAUCACUUCAUCCUACAUACGAAUGCUCAGACAAAGGCAACUGGAUUAGUGCCAUUUCAACCAGAUCAGGUCCUUCUACAGCUCAAUAUACAGCUAAGACCCCUACACUACCUGGGAGCCGUGCCAGCACUAUACCGACCAAUUGGGUGCCAGAGACGCCUCAUAAUAUUAUUGAAUUACAGCAUCAGGCAGCUACGAUCAAGACCUUACUAAAACGGCACCAGCUUAUUAAGGGCUGUGAAUUAGCCAUAAAUAGUGCUGUCAUUCUUGUAAAGGAAAAUCAUGAUCUACGGGCUGCAAAUGAGAAGCAGAAGCAGAAGCGUAAACGAUCGACCAAUCAAAUAUCCCAUGAAGGAGGUUUUACAGUCCAAGAAGCUCAGGAUCUUAUACAGAGUCAAAUUCUGGAUCAAAAUCAGAUGGCAGAGGGUGUGGCCGCUCCGGCCGCGGAGGCGCCUUCGGCACCUCAAUUUGUGGGUGCGGGAAAUUUCUAUAAAAUAGAUGGGAAAGUAGGAGAUCCUAUUAAAAUAGGUACUGCAGGAUGA